AUGCAUCUGCUCUCUACCGGCAUCAGUAACCACGACAUCUCUUACCAACUCCAACACUCACUCUUAUCGGCUGCCGUCGCCAUGAUACGCGUCGAGAUGGCCCGGGAUUGGAAACUCAAGGAAGUCAAGAAAGUCAAGAAAGUCAAGAAAUUCAAGAAAUUCAAGAAAUUCAAGAAAUUCAAGAAAUUCAAGAAAUUCAAGAAGAUCAAGAAACUCUUGACCGAAGUCUUUGUUAAUCAUCAGCCACAGAACAACUGCCAGGCGAAUCUGCCGCAAGUGCGCCGCUAA